GGGAACCCAUUCCCCCCGUCUUUCCCUCUUUAGCUUAAUUGAUUGACUCUCGUUCUUUCCGGGUUGUUGGGUAUUUACUCCGGCUCGACCCUCGUCCACUAUUGUCCCUCGUUUAAUCGUUGCUAACUCGUCACGCCCACGAUUUUGUCCGCCCGAUCUUUUUUCAUCGAGACAUCAUCACUGUCCCUUCCAUGCUAGUACUUUGUCUCUGCGCUCUCCAGGCUUCACCUUAAGUCCAGAAAGCUUUCGACGUCACUAUCAGCUCACAUCACGACGGCCGGCUUGGCUUGGUACCGAUAGCCUCAAUCGCUUCAGCUGAGCUGUGCUGCCAGACUCGACAUCUUUGGAGCCCCUUUAUUAAAAUAUCUGAGAAGGCCUUUGCAGAUAUUUUGACAUCUGCACCUGUCCCUUCAGGGCGAUCGUUGAACACUGUCCUUUCCACAGAGCCCGCUGCAUCCAUAUUCCGUAUAGUCCUGACUCCCCUAUUUCAUGUCUCUUAGCAUGCCCAGGGCCUCCCCGGCCCGGAUCCUGGGUGGUACUACUUUAUUAUCGACGUUCAUUACUACUAUCCUCGAUGGCAUGUGCUUCACCUUCUCCAGAUCCCUCUCAUCUCGUGUGUCUUCUGUUGAAUCCGCCAUUGUCAGCCUAAGUGCAGUCAGCUGUGUUGCGCUUGUAUCGUUGAUGCUCCUCUGGAUGAAAGAUAUCAAAAGUGAGCCCACAGAGCAGAGCAGAAACCACCGAGCCAUCACAUAUGGGCUUAUCGCUGCAUAUUCAUCAGUGGCCACUGGCGUGACAGCAGGGGGGAUAGCAUGGAGUGCUGCUCAAUCCGUGUCAGCUAAGAAGUCGACGGUCACAAGACAUCAGUCUUUGCUAGUGGCUCGCUGCACCAUAUGGGCCAUAUCAGUUCUCAGCCAAGGCAUACUAGGAGGAUACCUCCUGACAACCUUGACGAGACGGGAGUCCACAAGCAACUGGUCGCCACCAUCCGUAUCCCAAGAGCUUGAGGUGCUUUCUGAUAAAGCAAGCGUAAAAGACGCAAGCACCGUGCAGUCAUCCUCUCUGGCCAGCGAGUCCCAGCGACCAUCCGCUGAUUUGAAGACGAGUCCUGAUACAGUACCUCCGAUCCAACCGUCUGUCUCAAAUACAGAAUCCCAGGCCUCAAACCGCUAUUCUGGACGUACACUAUUCCAGCAUGACUCCAAGCAAAGCUCCUUUGACCUGCAGCGAUCAUACGUACCUCCUGGAGAUACCACAGUCACACCAGCCACAGUAGAGGAGCAUCCCGGUGACCAAACCGGCAGCGCUGCAGUCGGGGCCAAGCUUCGCCCCGAACCCCCCAAGAUUCGACGAAGCUACUCCGAUACAAAGCGGUCCUUGGAUGGCUUGGUUCGCCAACCCUCGUCAGCACGGUCAUCGCCCGCGACUUCAUCAACACAGCUGGUGACUCCUGCCAGACCUGCCCCUCCCAAGCUGAAGCUCCCCGAUGAAAGCUUCAUUCACCCGUUAUUCCGCUCCGACAGCUCAUCGCCACCCCCAACCCCAAUGCCAGGUACCACGGUGAUUGCCUCUCCAGCAGCCGGCCAGACCAUUUCCGUACAGGCCUUGAACCGGGUCAGAUCUACUCGUUCGCUCCGAUCCCAAGCACCACGCAGCAGAUCGCCGCUGUUCGAUCAACCCCUCAACGGGAUGGAACGGAACACCGAGUCCCCGGAACCCAGCGGUCGAGGGUCUCCGAUGCCCAGCUUCAUCAUGGCGGCAGAUGUGCGGAGCAGUAUAUCACGGUAUGAAAAGAAAUAUGAUCUGAACGAAUCACCGGAUGAGAGCUAGCUGGGCCGGAAGAGGGUUGCGAUCGCAUUGCAGGUUUGAGCUUACAUGUCUUUCCUUUGUUUGUGUUUUCCUAUGUUGAUAGAUAUCCUGGACAUAGCGUUUGAUGUAGUUAGCAAGUACUUUCAUAGAUAAGUAUAGAUCAUAUAAUGCAUCAUG